AUGUGCAUCGCGUGGACCUUCGCCAAGCCAGACCCGGAAGCGCGUAGAUGUUACUGGAAAUCAUUCGAGAUCCUGUCCGCUGGCUUCGACCAAGUGAAGCGUGUACCCGAUAAUGUUGAUAAACCACGCUGUAAUGCUCUCUCGGACGCCGCCCUCGCCAAGAUGACAACCAAACUCCUGCAGGCGCUGACGGUCCUGCUCGCCCUCCUGUGCACGGCGGUUUGCACGGACCCGGUCUCCUCCUCUUCCUCCACGUCGUCCUCCUCGACCUCCGCCUCCUUGACCUCCGCCUCCUUGACCUCCUCCUCGACCUCCGCUUCGACCUCCGCCUCCUUGACCUCCUCCUCGACCUCCGCCUCCUUGAUCUCCUCCUCGACCUCCACCUCCUCUCCCACGACAGCCUCCAGCGGAGAUAAAGCCGCGGGAAGGCCGCUCACCGGAUGCCACUUCCACCGGCUGGACCAGAUGGCCAGCUGCCGAGGCCUGAACGCGUCGCAGCUGGCGGAGGCGCUGACGGAGUAUGGAGAGCGGGCGAAGGAGGCUGAGGUCUCUCUCGAGGGGAACGGAACCAGGCAGGAGACGGACGCCGCGCCCUCGCCGCACCUCCGGGAACUGUCCCUGUUCUACUGCCGGAUCCCCAAGCUGACGGGGGAAGCCCUAGGACCUCCUGACGGGGGUUCGCUGGAGAUCAUCAGCAUCGUCAGCUCAGGCGUGGAAGAGGUGCUGCCCGAUGCCCUGGCCGCCCACGCUCGCACCCUCACGCGUCUGGUGCUCGCCCACAACCUCCUCGCGGGCGUGCCGGAGGCGGUGGCCAACCUGACGAGGCUGGAGGUGCUGGAUCUCCGCCAUAACCGAAUCAACCACCUUCCUGAGGGAACGCUGCUCUUCAACCUCCAUCGCCUUCGUCAGUUGCAUCUCGAUCACAAUCUGCUUGGCCAGAUCGCAGACACUCAGACUCGACUCGGCAUCUCCUCCUCGGGUCUGAGUCUGACGGUGUUCAACCUCGAGCCCUUGAGAACCUCCCUCAGGCACCUGACCCUCGCCCACAAUGCCCUCAGCGCCUUCCCCGAGCAGUUCUCCAGGCCCUUCGACCGGCUCACGAACCUUGACCUUUCGUCGAAUAAGAUUUCGAAGGUCCUCCGUGGGGCCUUCGUCAGCAUGCCCCGUCUCCAAUUCCUUGACCUGAGCAGUAAUCUUCUUCAUGCUUUCGACCCCAAAAACCUCUCCAGCUCGCUACUGGAUCUCAAUCUCGCAGGCAACCCUUGGUCCUGUGAGUGCGACUCCCUAUGGCUGCUGAAGAAACUGGACGGCAGUUCCUCCCCAGCAGUCACGGCGCCGACAUGCGCCUCGCCGCUCCACCUCCGCCACCGACCCGUGACGUCACUCAAAGAGGCGGACGUGUGCCCGGCGGAGGACACGGACAACCACAGCCGGGUGGUGUACGUGGGCGACGACGUGGACGGGGCGCUGGCCGACGCCCUCGACGCGCUCCACCUUCUCAACGUGACGGCCCUCAACCACCAGGCGCUCCUCGUCUCCUGGAGGGUCGAGGCCCAGUUUUACGCCUCCGCGCGCAGGGACCCUGACUCCGCGCCCCUCUCGUGGGCCAUCACGCUCCGCCAGGCCGACGAGGACCCCCGGCUGGCGGGCCCCACCAAGAUGCGGCUCGAGAGGUACAAGGCCGAGAGGGCCGACUGGGUCCCCGGCGAGUCGCUCUUCACGGAGGUCCUCCACGGGCUCGAGGAGGACACGCGCUACACCUUCUGCCUCACGCCCAUCCAGGACCACCGCCUCUUCACGCGGCCCGACCACUGCCUCACCGCCAAGACGCUUACCAGAGCUCAGCUCACCCCGCCGCUCACUUCCACCACCACCACGACGACGACGACGACCCCUACAACCACUAGCGCGCCUCAGGUCGUGGCGUUCGUAACCGCCGAGGAUUACGUCGCAGAGACGGAGAGGGUGGUGAUCGCACGGGAGGCGCGGCGGGUCAGCAUGUCCUGGAACGUCACGAUCCAGCCCAAGGACCUUCAGGGGAAGCGAGAGGCCAUGGUCCUUCGUCCUCUCGGCUGGAAGAUCUUAUACCGCCGCUUCGGGGACGAGAACGAGACGGAGGUGGUGCUGGUGAGCCGCGGCGGGGAGCCCGUGCAGAACUUCACCAACCACUACACUGUGGAAGGGCUGGAUCCUGGCACUGCCUACGUGUUCUGCUUCAACUCCCUCACUGACCUACAGGUCGCAGAGUCUCUUAAAACUGAUGGAGAUACCGCGGUGAAGGACAUGACCUCCGAGGUGCUGCCCCAUCAGCAUGUGCCCCGCGACCCCGACAUCGUAAGGACCGCCGCAAGAGGUCGCAGCGUCCAAUCAGGGGCCGAAUCUCAAGUGGUAGGUGGCAGGAACCCUGCAGGCGCAAGAAAACCUCCUCCUCUCCCGCCUUCGCCACCUAGAGCGAACCAAGACUCACCGAGAGUCACGGCGCCCUUCCCCCGAAUGCGCCGCCGCCGCCGCCGCCCCGCAGCGCCCAAGCAACAGCCCCUUCCCGUCCAACUUCCCCCCCGUGCCCGCCCUCCCCCGCACCCGAGCAACCGGCCCCCUCGCCCUCCCAACCCCGAGCCUGCACCACCUUCGUGUACACGAGCACGGGCCAGAGGAUCGCUGUGCCUCUGUCUUCGGGCUCGCCCUUCAACCUGCCGUCGGUGGUGAACCCCAACUUCAACCCAAGGAACGUU